AGGAUGCUUCAUUUCUAUAAGUCAAACUGGCCUCUGCUGUUGUUUGCUGCUCUGUGGAGCUUCAGCUACCCGAGUUUACUCACCGCCUGGCCGGGCAUCAGUCGCAGCAAGCCCAAGGAUCAGCUUGACCCUAAUGUGAGGGACUGGGGAGACUAUUCAGACCUCCCUCCUGGGAUCGAGCAGGGUUUGGGGUUAGACGAAGAACAUGGAGACAACAGAGGAGUUGGAGAGUCAUCAUCCAGCCUCGCUCCGGAGCUGGAUUUCCUGGCUGACUUUGCAGGUAAAAAACGACUGUGGGUGAUAACAGCUCCGUCACACAAUGACAACUACCUUCGUAUGAUGGAGAAACAGCUGGAAGACAUGGAGCAGAAAGGGUUGAACUGCCGUCUAGCAGAAAGAGACACCUUCAUCAUCACCAUCAUCCAGAACGCCAUGAUGGAAGGUCGAAUCCAGAAAACAACUUUUGAAGGAGAGGCCACAGUUGAAAGCCUGGACCCUGACACAGUUACCAAACUGCUGCACUACCUGGAGCUUACCAACCAGGAGGAAGGCUUCACCAUGCUGGUUCUGAAGAAGAACCUUCGGGUCAGUGAGCGCUUCCCUUAUCCGGUCCGUGUUGAGGCAGUUUUGGAGCUCAUUGAUCAGUUUCCCGUGAGAAAGUUGGAGAAGAUGACCAGAAAAGGAUCCAACUUGAGGUGUAAAACCUUUAAAAAGAAGCUUGUGAAAAGGAAAAAGAUGAAGAAGAAGAUCGUACUGAGUCCACAGAGGCGUGGGAACGUGACUUCUGUUGUGGCACUGCAAAGAAAACCUCUCCUGGACAAAAAAGCCGCCCUGAAGAGUAAAAUCCAGGAUAUAUUGAGUGGACGGUCGAGGUUUGUUAUCCGUAAGGUGCCAGCCAGUGGCGGUCGGGCCACUUCUACUGGACAGGAAAGAGAGAGCAGCCUUCCAUCUGUGUCAAAGAGCAAUGGCGACGUGAAAAAAGACAGGCCUGACUCCGCUGUGGAAGAAGGAAGAAAAAGACAUGGAGGAAAAAACAGUGAAGAUAAAAAAGAUCAGAAUGUAAAGGAUGACACACAAGAAAAACAAAGCUCGAAGAAAAAGGGUAAAGGGAAAAAGGGGAAGAAAGGGAAAGGAAGAGGGAAAAAGUCCAACAAAGAGACCAGUGAGAAGGACAAAACAGCCCUGAAGGAGUUUUUGGACAGUUUGAAGGGGACAAGGAGGUUAAUGUUGAUCUCAACGCCCAGCAGAGAUGCAACUCUGUACAUCCAGCAGAAGGCAGAAAGCGAGAAGCAACACUGUGAAUUGGCUAUUAGGAAGAUCACCACAGCAACAAUUGUGGGUGAAGGAAGAGAUGCCACGCUCACGCUGCAACACCAUCAACUCGAGUCGGAGCCUCGACUCAGUGACCAAUCAGAACGUUUCUCAGAUUCAGGGAUGAUCUCUCUGUUGAGAGCAGAGCUCGGCCUGUCCUCCUCUGACCUCUUUUCCAUGACUGUCACAGACUACGACAUCAAGCCCAGUAGAGUCUUUGAGGCUCCUCCAUCAGGUUCUGCUCUGGUCGAGUACAUUGAUGACUUUCCCUCGAGGCGCUCAGAAAAGGAAAAAGAGAGGAGGAAUCCUCCGUCCUGCUCCAAUGGCAAGCAAACACCUGGAGCUGAGAAUUCACUGGUCAGGUUUAUGUCUAAGAGGAGACUGCUGCUCAUCUCUGCUCCCUCUCAGGAGGACUACUCCUUCCAACAGCAGCUCUCUGCUCUCAGUGGACAGGAGUGUCACCUGGGUAUUCGCCACUUUGCCAUGUUAAAGCUGACAGGAACUGGAGACAAAGCAUCAGGGACUGUUGAGCUAUUUCCCCUAAAUGGUCGCAGUCAGAGUGAAGUUGAGCCGUUAUCCCGCGACAUGGUCAACAAUCUGAGAGAGCAGCUGAAGAUCAGUAAGGACUAUUUCAGCAUGCUGGUUGUGGGGAAGGAUAGCGAUGUCAAGGCGUGGUUCCCUUCGCCCAUGUGGUCCCUGGAUAGCAUCUACGACCUGGUGGACUCCAUGGAGCCGCGCCUCCAGGAGGAAAGGCUGCAGAGGAGACUGGGGAUCCACUGCCCUGAGGACAGAGGGAGAGGAGGCAGUGAUGGGGGUUAUUAUGGUGGCUAUGAUGAAGACGACGGAGAGGAGGCGUACUCGUAUCACCGGUCGGAGUAAUUAUGAGAGAGAAGGGGGAAGAUGAUGCACAGAUGACACAGCAAAUACAUGAACACACACAUAAGGAAGCUAAAAGACCUCUAAAAGUCGUCUUCAGGACUCACAUCUUCACAGCCCCGCAAUAAUAAGCUGUAUAUUUUAUGUUUGCAAUAAAUUUAAAAAGCAGAGCAGAAAGUAUUUGAAUGGUUUCAUUCAAGAAAGUC